AUGUUUACUAACCCAGUAAUCUGGGAAGACUUACCAGAUAUGGAGAUCAUCCGCAUCGGUGGCAAAUAUUUUAUGAGUGCCUCAUCCUUUGCGUUCUCCCCAGGGGCACCAAUUCUUGAAUCAAACAACUUGGUUGACUGGAAAUACAUUGGCCAUUCAGUUCCAGAUCUUUCAUUAUUUGGUGAAAGAUUCCGUCUCGAUGGCCAGCACGCUGGAGCUUAUGGGAAGGGGGUGUGGGCAUCGACUUUGAAGUAUCGCAAAAGCAAUGGGCUCUUUUACUGGUAUGGGGCUAUUCAGGGUACAGAGAGGACAUUCCCUUUCAUAGCCAGAAGCCCAGCCGGCCCAUGGGAUGCAUUGCCGCCCUUGGACAAGUUCUACUAUGAUCUCGGUCUGCUGAUUGAUGUCGACGAUACGUUUUACCUUGCCUACGGGACAAAGGAUAUUUGCGUCGCUCGACUGAGCGCUGACGGUCUUAAGGAAGUCGAAAGCAGAGUAGUAUACACUUCCGACGAGUAUCUCGAAGGAGCGCGGAUGUACAACAUCAAUGGCUCGUACUAUAUAUGGCUCACGAGGCCUUACGCGGGCCAAUAUGUCCUGAAGUCCUCCCAAGGACCGUUCGGGCCCUAUGAGUGCCGACAAGUGAUUGGCGAAAUUUUGUCGCCUAUACCAGGCUCCGGGUAUCCUCAUCAAGGAGCGCUCGUCGACACCCCCAAAAGCGGGUGGUUUUACAUGGCAUUCAUGGAUGGCUACCCCGGGGGGCGAGUUCCAGUUCUCGCACCUGUAGCCUUCACGGAAGAUGGUUGGCCUGAAGUGGAAGCUGACUACUCAACUGACCCUGGCGGGUGGAAGCUCGAAUACCCGCGGAUGAUCGAAGAUUCAGGUGAUGAAAUGCCGGGGGGCUGCUUCAGGCGACAUUUGUUUGCAGACCGGACAUUGGACCAUUGUUGGGAAUGGAAUCACAGUCCUGAUAACUCUAAAUGGAGUGUCCGAAGUGGUGGUUUGAUCCUCAAGGCUGGGACGGUCACCAACAGCCUAUACCUUGCCACCAACACACUCACUCAUCGCACUAUCGGCCCAAAGAGCAUGGCUACGUUCUGCAUUGAGGUAUCACAACUGGCUGAUGGAGAUAGGAGCGGCGUCAGCAUGUUUCGUGACAAGAGUGCGUACAUAGGUAUUCACAGGGAUGCUGGUGUGACGAGGUUGGUAUAUGUCGAGGACUUGACAAUCUCUCCAAUUACCACACCCACCGGCUGGAUGAAUGGUCAUCCAGUUGCUCUUGAUUGGUCGGUAAAGGAAAACGGCUGUGUCAAGGCUGAGGCAUCACUGGGCCAAAGCCGUGUUUGGUUGAGAGUCAAAGCUGACAUCACACCCGCAUUUUCCCACGGGUACGAGAAGCAGACGAGGUACGCCACUUUCGAGUAUAGUUACGAUGGAGAUAGAUUCUCUCAGCUUGGACCUGGUUUUGCUCUGACUAAUGAGCCAACGGGUUACGUUGGGUAUCGAUUUGGAUUAUUUAACUUUGCGACGAGGGCCUUAGGCGGGCAACUAUUUGUCGAGCAGUGCGAGAUUAGUCCUUGCACCAUAGAGGCGCUUUAA